AUGUCUAGAGAAUUGGCAAGUGGUAUGGUUCAUUUGACCAAUGCUGCAGCUGUUUGGAAAGACUUAGGUGAGAGAAUUGCCAAACGAGAUCUUACUAGGAUAUAUCAAGUUCAUCAUGAGAUUUGCACAAUAACACAAGGGAAUCUAUCCAUUUCUGAGUUCUUCUCUAGGCUAAAGACUGCUUGGGAGAAUUACUCUGCAUUAUUGCCAGUGCCACAAUGUUGUGAUAAAUCAAAGGUUUAUGCUGAGCAUAUGAAACAACAGAGAUUGAUGCAAUUUUUUAUGGGAUUAAAUGAGACAUAUAGUCAUGCACGCAGCCAAAUCCUCAUGAUAGUGCUAGCUCCCACAUUGAAUCAAGCUUAUAGUAUGUUGUUACGGGAUGAGAGUCAAAGAGUACAAUCAAAUUUGAUAUCUCAAACACAACAUCACAUUGAGCAAGUGAACCUGAAUAACACCACAGCAUUGGCAGUAGCACAUUACGAUAAGUUCAAAAAGGCUACUAAUAGUGAAAUGUACUGCACACAUUGCCACAGGAAGGGACACAUAAUGGAGAAGUGUUAUAGACUGGUAGGAUAUCCAACAGGACACAAGUUAUAUAAAGCAAAGCCUGAAGAAAGAGAUGCUAAGCCAAGGUUUUAUGCCAAUAAAAGACCAGCUGCACAUAAUGUCAACUACAAUGGAUAUGUUGAUGCUAUGAAUCGUGGCUAUCAGCAUCAGUUUGGCUAUCAGCAUCAGUCUGUUCCUCAUGUUGUAAAUGGAAGUGAAGGUUGUAGUUAUGGUCAGAUACCAGCCAGAGCACACCAUGUUGGUUAUAGACAUGACAAUUCCAACUAUGGUAAUCCACAAAACAUGGGACCUACUGGUAGUUAUUCUGGACAUAGUCAUGGGAGAAAUCUUUAUGGGAUGCCAUCUGCAAACCACAUUUAUGGGCAUGGUUAUCCACAAGCUACUCAACCACAUGGUCCUGGUCCUCUUCAAUACCAACAGAUGCAACAGAUACUAGAUAAGGAUCCAAAACUCACUGAAGCCACUGCUAAUAUAGCAACCAGUGCUUCUAAGUCUUGGGUAGUUGACACUGGAGCAACAAAUCACAUGGGUUCUAGUUUGGACUUUUUAGAUCAUCCUCAAGCAGUCCUACGCUCUAGUUCCAAUACAACUCACCUUCCAAAUAGCACUAGCACUAAUGUGUCUCAUACUGGCACCUCUAUUAUUUCUGACUUCUUAAAGUUGGAUAAUGACCUGUGUACUGGCAAGGUGAGGGAGAUUGGUAAAGUCAAAGGAAGUUUAUACAUCCUGGAUCCUGCCACCUCAUUGUCACAUACCAUGGCUUACAAACAAGCUUUUGCUUCCUCAGUUUUCACUUCUACCUAUACCUCUAGUCCUCCACCUUUGCAACGUCCAUCAUCUCCUACUACAACUUCUCAGACUUGGCAUCAAAGGUUGGGACAUGCUCCUAUCACAGUUCUGCAGAAAAUACCAUCUUUAAAACUUUCAGUUUCAAAUAAAGACACACCUUUGUUUGUUUUUUGUCCUUUGUCUAAACAAACUAGAUUCCCAUUUCCCCAUAGUGUUAAGAAAAUUGUUUCCCCUUUUCAAGUUGUACACAUGGAUGUAUGGGGCCCAUAUAGACAAUAUACUUACAAUGGAUAUAGAUACUUUCUCACCAUUGUGGAUGACUACACUAGAAUGACUUGGGUGUUCUUGAUGAAACAUAAAAGUGAUUCUGUUAUCCACAUAUAG